AUGGUGGAUAAGGAAGAAAGUGAAGUUUUCCCAGGACCCACAAGGAUCUCAGCUGCUCCUGAGCCACUGGAGACUCCUACAGCUGUGUGCACCCAUAUAGAUGCAAGGUGCAAAUGCAUCUUCUGCCACCCCCUGGCCUGUGUCAAGUGUGCCAGGGCCAUGUAUGCAAAGGGACAUCGGAAAAGUGCAGCUGCUGUGUCUGAUUUUGAAAGAGCCCUGCUCCCAGAUCGAGGCUCAGGAACUUCCCCACCCCAGCCCGUAGUCCCUCUGGGUCCCUCCUGGGUCCGCGGAAGCACCAGGAGGCGUGGUCCAGGCCCAGGCAUCCUGGCUGGGCGGCGGCGGGCCGCGUCCCUUCCCAGGCACCGCCGAGAUGGCUCUGCGUGUCGCAUGGCCAAGCGAGCUCACCGCCAGGAAGGACCCGCGCCUCGCAGCACUCCACAAUUAAUGAUUUGUCGCCGAAGAAGGAGCCCGGCCCAGGAGCGCGAGGAGCGCCGAGGAGGGAGCGCGAGCGCAGGGCGCGAGUCGAGUCCCCGCCGGCCGCACAGGCGCCGCCUCCUGUCUUCCGGGCCCCGGCACUUCGCGGGGUUCCGGGCGCGGGGGACCCCAUGGAGGCGGACUCGCCGGCGAGUGCCGGAGCCCCGCAGCCCCGCGCACGGGGAGCGGCGGGCGCGAUCGGCAGCCAGCUGCGCCGGAUCCAAGGCAAACUCUUCACCUGGCAGUGACAACCUUUUGGACAUUUUGAAAAGAAAAUGGUGGAAGUACGUCCUGCUGGGACUAGCAGAUGUGGAAGCUAAUUACCUGAUUGUCAGAGCAUACCAGUACACGACGCUCACCAGUGUCCAGCUUUUGGAUUGUUUUGGGAUUCCUGUGCUAAUGGCUCUCUCGUGGUUUAUUCUUCGUGCAAGAUACAGAGUGGUCCACUUCAUUGCUGUGUUUGUCUGCCUGCUGGGAGUAGGAACCAUGGUUGGUGCAGACAUAGUAGCAGGGAGAGAAGAUAAUUCAGGGAGCGAUGUACUGAUUGGUGACGUCUUGGUUCUGCUUGGGGCUUCCCUCUAUGCUGUUUCUAACGUGUGUGAAGAAUACAUCGUGAAGAAGCUGAGCAGACAGGAAUUUUUAGGAAUGGUGGGCUUAUUUGGAACAGUUAUCAGUGGCAUACAGCUAUUGAUUGUGGAAUAUGAAGAUAUUGCCAGCAUUCACUGGGACUGGAGAGUUGCUCUGCUCUUUGUGGCCUUUGCCCUCUGUAUGUUUUGUCUGUACAGCUUCAUGCCAUUGGUGAUUAAAGUCACCAGUGCCACUUCAGUCAACCUGGGCAUCCUGACAGCUGACCUCUACAGCCUUUUCUUUGGACUCUUUCUGUUUGGCUAUAAG